AUCGAGUAGUAUUUUGCAAUGUGGGCAGAUUGUUGUUGGAUGACAGUUUUGUAGUAGCCUUUCUGUCAGGUUGCUAGCUCCUAACACAUAAUUUUAGCAAGUUCCUCGCUCGUGACUCGUCUUCGUCCGCCGAGUGGUGACGAGCGCAUAUCGGGCUCAUAGACCUCGCCUUGUGGACCCUCACGACCCCCUUCACACCCCCUUCCACCCGCCUCCGCUUUCUGCGCGUUCUGCGAGCUCCCGCUCGCGUAAAGACAAAAUGAGGGCCGCACGCCUGCCCGUGCUCCUUGCGCUCUCCUUCCUGCUGCUCCUCGUUGCGAGUCUGCUGGUAACACCGCUGCGCGCCGAAGAUUGUGACGCCAUUCUCGAUCAGGUGGAGGCGUGUGAGGAGAAUGUGGACAAGAUGAAGAAGGCGCGGUUCGAGGCGGAGAACAAGUUUGACGCGACGAGUGCGUUUGGGGAGAAGAUGAAGGAGAAGGGCGCGGAGUGUGCGGAGAAGACAGCGAAGAACGCUGCUGAGCGGAAGAAAGAGAAGAGUGAACUGAUGGCUCAGGUGCUGGAGCUGGAAGGCAAGGUGAAGGACCUGCAAGAGAAGCUGGGCAUCAGCGAAGACACCACCAGUGGCGACAACAUCAACGACAGCGACACCACCAGUGACAAGUAGACGUGCUCGUUGCGGAUAUUGCAGGCGUCGCAAUUGCAGUGUCUGAUCCUGACACUGAACACCUUCUGGUUGUGGCUUUGGUCAAAUAGAAAUAAGUGAUUAAAUUGAGAAUUUAUUCAAUAUCAAGAAAUUGUUAAGAAUGUGCGUAGGGCAUG